AUGGAAGAGGAGCAGUUACCUGAGGAAGAGAGAGAGAGAGAAAGGUACCGGUUGUUCUUUCAAGAAGUGAGAAGAGAGAGAGUGAGAAAGCGUGUGAAAGUGGUUGAACGGGCAAGAGUAUUUAUGGGCAUAGAUGGGCGGUUGGUCUCUCUAAGGAUCAUUAUUACAUUAACGCCGUCAGCAUUGGGAGGAACAAGAGGUAGUUUCCACCCUUUUCUCGUGAUGGUUUCAUUUUUACUGUUUCUUUCCAAAAUACGGUUCUUUAGUCUUCUUCCUCCUUGCGUGCUCUCCCGCUCAAUUGAUCUCCCUCCAAAUUCUCCGUCAAGAACUGCCCAAAUUCUCAGUCUCUCGUUAGAAGGUGAAGUUAAUUUAUUUCUGAUGGUUAUCAAGGGACAAAGUGGUAGCAGCAGCAAACCUAGGGAAAAUCGCGUGGAAGUUGCUCGGAAUAGUAAGCUAAAGGGCAAAGACCCUGUCGUCGAUGAAGAAAUGGAAGAAGAUGAGGAAGGGCGAUCGCUGUCUGGGGAUGACAGUGAAGAAUCUGUUUUUGACGGGGAUGCAUAUGAAGAUGUUGAAGAUGAUGAAUAUGAGGAUGAGAUAUAUGAGGACGAAGAAUUCGAGGAUGAAUUAUGCCAGAGAACAGUGAAACGUGCGCCAAAGAAAAGGCAAUCUGCUAAAAGCAGGAGGGUUAUUUCAUACGAUGAAGUAGAGGAGGAAGAAGAUAUAGAAGACGAAGACGGUGAAUAUAUGGAUGGUGGGUAUGAAGAUGAAGGAGAGGAUGUUGUUGUUCGCGUUCAGAAAAGAGGGAAGAGUUGGAAGGAGGUCGGGCAGAAUGCUUUGAAGAAGAAGGCACAUCUGCAGAUGAUGCGGAAGAGGCGUAGAGAGGAUUAUGAUGAUGUUGACGAGGGAAGGAGACCUGUGAAGAAGACGAUACUUCCUGCGACUAAGCAGAUGGGUAGGAAGUUUGAUGAAACAGGGGUAGCAAAAGGAAAGCCCCCUGCAAAACAGAAGGCAAUCAGAGGGAAUAACAGGAGGAUGUUUGUGCGGGUACCGAUUCCCAAACAUCCUAUGUCUAGGGGUGAGUAUGCGAAGUUUCACGGCGUGGUAGUUGCUACUCAGCGGGCUAAUUGUGGCCGGAAGCAACCAAGCGUUAUCUGUCGCACGGAUGCAUUUUCUAAGAUUAUUGCUGCUUUUGAUGAGUCAAGGAGAAGUUGCGUUAGGAAAAUGGGUUUCGGGGGGAUGUUGGAUUUGAAAAUAUCCAAGCUACCUAGGAAGCUGUGCUACUGGCUGAUGUCCCGGUUGGAUGGGGGUAACAGUUACCUUGUUGGAGGGGACGGCCAUGUGUUGAGUAAUAUAGUGUUUUGA